AUGCUUUCAACCAGUCGACCACUUUGUCUGGCUCGAUUAAUUUCUCAUCAUUCAUUUCGUUGUCUUCCACGCGCUGCUCCAUCGAAUGAUCAAUCAUCAACAGCAGCAACAAAACCAUCGGAUUACGCCGUCAUCGAUUCGUUUUCUCAACCUCAAACAACGUUAUUCAAUGAUUACCAGGUUGUCAAACCGAAAACGAUUCAAUCGCGGCCCGUACCAAAAUCUCUUCCAAAAUUAGUCGAUAUUCAAACUGGACUGAACCAUUUCAUUAAAGAAUGUGACGAACGCACAUUGUUGCUAACUGUUGAAAAUAAGUACAAAUUAUUCGAUAGCACAAAUGUCGCGACUUUCAUCGAACGUCUUCAUGAGCUGAAAAUCCAACGUGAUUCUCAAGAAAGAUUGCAUCAACGAAUGUAUGACUUUGUCGAUUAUUUCAUAUUAAAACAUGGUUCGCAAUUAGAUUUCGAUCACGUUCUCACCAUCUACUUCCAACUGUCAUCAUUAAAUGGCACUGCGAAUCUUUCCUCCUUCUCCGGCGCUUAUGCUGUGAAAGCACUUAUACAAUUAUUAAAACAUAAUGUUAACAAAUACCAUAUCGAACAUGUGGGUCGUAUCUUACUCGCUCUUGAACAAGAUUUUCAUUGCAACAUGAGAGAUGACGAACGUAUUCGUCCACUAUUUGAUGCGCUUCUUCUCCUAACAAAACUUCGUCAAAACGAACUCGAUCGUUUAGAUGCGCGAUCAUUGGCAGAGCUGGCAUAUGUAUUUGCAUCUGAAUUAGACCACAUCUAUUUUACAAAUAUUCUCAAUGAAUAUAUUCAUGACGAAUAUUAUCAUGAUAAGUAUUCAACGUUGUUGAUGUUUCGUGCAUUGAACCGGCGUGGUUAUAAACACAAUCGAACAUUGGAUAUUUGUCUUCAUUUUGUACAUGAAAACAAAGAUUUAUUCGAAGAAAAUGAAUUGGAUGAAAUUAAACAGUGUUUAAACAAACUAGAUUAUCAUAUAUCCGAUGAAUAA